GCAAUUUCUUAGCUCUGGUCACACGCCGGCGAGUUUGUUUAUUUUUUGUUUGGAUUUGGAUUCCCGGAUCCUUGUGGUCCUCCUGCAGUCCUUCAAGAUGCGCCUGUGCCCGCUGGCGUUCACCGUGCUGCUUGGCCUCUUUCACCUGAUCCAGGCCUGCAAUCACUGGGUUCUUCGCGAGGAGCAGAUCGUGCCCAAACUGGACUCGCCAUUCCACAUGCGUGAGCCCCAGAAUCUGGCGGCAUUUCUCGAGCAGAUCAGGUACAGUGAGUAUGUGGAGCGCUCCUAUCUGGAUCUGCUGCGCAAGCGGGAACAGAUUGUGGAGCACCUACGAUUCUCGAUUGGUUUCGGUGAGGAUCUGGCCGAGCAGGCCAAGUGCGCCAUGGACUACUACAUGCUGGAGAAGCGAAUGUCUUACCUGAAAAUCACGCCAGAGCAGCUGAAAAGGAUUAAUCUUCCGGACCAGAGGCAAUUGCACAUCCAGAAGAGCGCAUCCUCGAUGGGAAUGGAGCCGAUUUGCAGCGAUUACCACCGAUUAAGCGUGGGUCCAGCCACCUAUGAUCAUCUGGAGAGUUUUCGGCCCGAGGUCCUGGCCGCUGCCUUUCUGGAGCGCGAGCAUGACACCAAUGUGGGCAUGGCCACCGUGGAGUUGACCCGCCGAUUUGCGGUGGACGGACUGCAGCACCAUCCGGCCUCCUGGAAGUUCCACACCCUAAGCUCCUACUACUGGCGGAUGCGAGGAAAUGCCCGGGAAGCCCUGCCCUGUGCCAGACUGGCUGCCCUGCUGGCUCCGCCUAUCUUUAAGGAUAUACCCCUGCUGAGUCUGGGCACCAUACUCUUUCGAAUGGGCCGACUGGCCGAUGCCGAUCUGAUACUGACCGCUGCGGUGGAACAUGCCCCUAAUGUGGCCGAGAAUCAUGUGGUCCUGGCCUCUGCUCUGGCCAUGAAGCACGACUUCAAUCGAUCCCUGCAGCACUUCGACGAGGCCGAGCGACUGGAUCCCAGCACUUUGCCGAGAACGCAGCAGGUGCGAAACUUCAUAAGUUGCCUAGAGAACCUUACGAAGAAAACCUCCAAGAUGUAUAGCUAUGUGAAGUACAUGCAGAACGAGGUGAAGGAGUUCAAGAAGCUAAAGCAUCACAUCUCCCAGAAUCACGAGAGAUUGAUCCAACAGCAGCUGCCGCUGGGAGCGAGACGUCUGCUUGGCCUGGACGCCAAAACCAACAACGAUGAUCUCCAUCGAAGGGGUCAAUACUGCAGCACGAGGACGCCGAAUGGCUCCGAUGAACCGGUGCUGUUCUGUGACUUCUACUCGGACAUGCAAAUGCGAUUGGAGAGCAAGGAUGUGGACAUCGAUGUGCUGGAACGGGAUCUGAAGGCCAAUACGGAUGCGGUCAUUCGACAGGUGUCCACCGAAAUCCGGAAACAGUUCAAUUUGGAGCAGCUUAAGGCGGCCAAGGCCCAAAUGCCCGCGAAGGCGACGAAGGCUACAUAGUAAUGGUUGCCAUUACAAGCAGAUGGACUGGCACAUUCCCUUCACAAAGCAACCAAAUAUUUUGGGUCACAAAAUAGCUUGUACGAUUAAUCUGUUCUUAAAUAGUAAUUAGGUAUGUGUGCGAGAGACGUGUGUGCAUGUGUGUGUAUAUAGGAUAAGUUUUCAGGUAUAGUUUAAUCAGGCUUAUAAGCGGGAGUGUUCGGGAGGAGGAGGUUCUUUCGUAAUGUCACUUUAUCUAGAUUAAUUAUAUCUUUUAAUGAAUAUUUAAACAAAGAUUUG